CGGUCAGGAGCAUAACCAGUGUGCCAUCGCGGUCACAACUACUUGUCGGGAAAAUUUUAAAUAUCAUGCGGUUUUCAUGAGUUAUGGACUGGGGGGUUUAUCUGAAGUACAUGGGAAGUGAUAAGGAAUGGCUUUUCAUUUCAGUUUAGAGUAGCUAAACGAGACUUGAGAAAUUUUAAAAUUCACUUGUUGAUCUCUGGGCGAUGAAAUAAAGUUCAUGAAUUAUGUGUUCACUGAAGUGAAAGCUAUUGAAUUUUAUGAAUAAGUCACUUUUGUAUUCGCCUUGAAAGAACUAAAAAAAGGAAUAUUCAUUUUGAUAAUAGUUUUUUUUUCUUUAUGAUUUAUUAGGCCAUUGGUUCUAUUGGAUUAUGGAUAGGGAUUGUCUCAAGGAUAUAAAAAGUGAUUUAACUAUUAACUUUAAUUGUUUAUUAUCUUUCUCGUAUGAUGUCUCCAGAUCAACUGACUCUCAGUGACCAAAGAUUUGACAAAAGGUCCUUGUUUAUUCAUUUCUUUCUGUUUCUUCUCUGGUUCUAUUUAUUAAAACCAUUAUAAAUAUUUCGGUACUGUUUGGAGAAAAACUAUAAAAACUAUAACAUACUGAGAUGGACUGAAAAACAGCUACAGACAGAUGAUUCAUUUUUGUCCACACAUAUCAAGCAUUCUCGGUAGGUUCACUUUUGUAAAAUUAUUUAAUAGCGAAAUUAAUCUUUUGUGCAAAGGAAGUGCUUAGAAAUAAUAUAAUAACGCAUUUUUACAGAAUUUUAAUCUGUUAAAGUUUGAUGAAUGGACUGAGGACUGAGGACUUCAUCCUCUAGUAGAAAUCUCUAAAUCCUCACUCUAAUGUCUUCUAAACUUUUGCGAAAAAAUGAGUUACGGACUGCAGAUUUAUCUGGACUGCACCUGGAGGAAUUGGAACGGGUUUUUUCCUAUCAGUUUGACGGCACUACGACGAGAUAGAAGUUAUCUUGAAAUUAUUCGUUGACAUGUGUCGAACUGGGGACUAGGAAAAACACCCGGCGAUGAUUUCUCAUCACAGUUAGAUAUCCGUAGAUACGUUGAUUUGAGAUUGUUAAAACUGUUACCACAUAAUCUUAUUACGGAUUUCAUUGCUAGCCAUGCCAAGUGUGAUUGAUGUCUUUGCAUUACGUGGAUAAAGUUUCCAAGGGAAUGAAGAAGUAUGAAGCACGAAGUCCUCGGAAGAAUGGGUUGAGUGAAAAUGAAGGUUCUUCACUUUCUGUAACGCUUUCUAGAUGGAAUUAUUAAUGGUGGAGAGAUGAGAGUAAUUUUUUUUGCGACAUUAGAGUUGAAGACAACAUGUUACGAACAUCUCUCAUCCUAGUCCUGUCUGUGUUCCUGCUGAAGAGCUGUCAAUGUUCGCCGUCGGAUAAUGAAAAAUCGGACGAACCUCAUCAUCGACAGAAGCGAGUCCUGUGGUUGACCAACGAUGGACGGAUAGCGUUGCCACCGGGAACUGUUAUGACGAUAACGCCGACCAUAGCACUUCCGUUUGUUCGCUACCCACCUUACGGGUUCCUGAGCAACAUGACGAUCAGUCUGCCCUUCACAAUUGAUUUUGACAAACUCGGACUAACCGACAACGAAAAUCCGUAUGGUGCCCUUCCACCAGUAUUCGACAGGGGAAUGAAGAGCCGUCAGGCUGGUAUGAUGAUGGCUGACUUUAUUGCCUCAUUCAUCAAGCGGAGACUCCACAAACGUGAUUUACAGGAGUCCCCACCGAAAAAUGCAUUUCACGGUGGGGAACGCGCACUUCUGUAUGGCACUGCUGAGGAUAUGUUGAGCACCAUGGGACUCGACGGGAAAGCAUGUUUGUUAAGGGCUAUUUGCGAAGUUCAAGGCCAUCCGCUCAAUAACUUUGGCCUGAUUGGAGAAAUGCUCAGGCUGUUCUUCACAGCAAGUAAAUCACCAUUUGCAAAUUUAUUGAAGGAAUACGUAGAGGCUGAAAAUCGGGGUAAACAGCACGGCGAGUGUUGGCCUUAUUUCAAGAAUUGUCCAAAAUCGCUGUUUCUGCCAUCAGACAACAGAUACACGCGAGAUGCUGAAGUAGAUAAUUUAGAAGCAGACUUCCCUGAAGAUGUUAACGAGGUCUUCGACUCGAGAGAGGAAGACAACAGACAUAGUAGGAAGCGGACGAGUCCAGCAAUGUAAAUUAUAAUCAACUCUGCUAGGUUUCUUAUUAAAUACGAUUCAGCAGUGAAGUGGCUACGCAAAUUAAACCCGAGGAAAAACUUGGCAAUUUGCGCGGAGAGAAUAUAAAAUUAAUAACUACUAUGGGAACAUAGUAAUCUAAGACUAUACGGAAUAACAAAAAAUUUCUGUUAUUUAACUAAAUAUUUGUGAUUUAACACAGCAAUUUUUGAAAGAAAAGAAAAUGCAGGGAUAGCAAAAUAAUUUUUAUGAAUAGUGAGAAAGUUCUGUUUUAACCGCUUCACUAUCAGGUUCACAAUUGGCUCAUUUUCAUGGUUCGGAGUGAGGUGAACACUUUGCUUGCAAAUUGGAAGGAGACAAAACGAAAAGGCAGUUCUGCAAUAGUACAAAAACUAAAAUUCUGAUAAUAGUUUUUUGAAUCAUGAGCGCUGGAUCUUUCCAUGAUUAUGAAGUAGCACAAUGUGUAACAGUUUUAGGAAUAUUAAUUGCAGCAAUUAAACCGAUCAUUUUACCACCACGAAGAGCGGCCCCAAGGAUCGUAUAAAGUUCCAGGGACAGUCGCGUCGCCAUUUCGACGCAUGGCGACAGUCAAUCACCCGAUGAUUAACUAACGUAUCAAAGAAUUUUAACGUUCAUCGUUACAAAGUCUGUCAUCGGUAUCUAGGCUUCGUUUUACGAUUGAAUUCUCAGUUUCCGAUUUUAUGUCAUCCUGAUAUAUGUAAGCAAGGUGCUGAUGUCACUCUGCAUAACAACCCAUAACUCGUUCAUGUGUCUACGCAGAGAAAAAACUUCUUUAAAAAUGACGGACCUAUUUCGUAAUCUGCCAGUCAAAACAAUAUUCGCAUAUAAUACCACAAGAGCUACGAAAUUAUCGGAUAUUUCCCGAUAGGUUCGUUAAUCUGUCAGAUACAAUUGAGGGUUACUUCAACAUUUGUUUUUUUUUAUAUAUAUCAACAUGCAAAAUUUCCAGUGAAAUUUCCAAGAAUAUCCGCUGAAAUACCGUGUUGACUAUACAAAAUAACGUCGAAUGGUGCAAUCCUAUUGGCCAAGAUUUGGAUGGGAAAAAUAAUCGCAUAUAAUACCACAAGAGCUCCGAAAUUAUCGGAUAUUUCCCGAUAGGUUCGUUGCAAACAAAUGAACGUGUCAAGUUUUCCAGUUUAAAAAUCACGAGCGCGCAGCGCGAGUGAUUUUUCUGGAAAACUUGACAAGCUUAUUUGUUUGUAGGGAACCUUGAGGGAAAUCAUCAUCACUACAUAGUAUAAAGCAAAGUCGCUUUUUCUGUCCCUUUGUCCCUUUGUACGCUUUAAUCUUUGAAACUACGCAACGGAUUUUGAUGCGGUUUUUUUUAAUAGAUAGAGUGAUUCAAGAGGAAGAUUUAUAUGUAUAAUAACAUCCACUAAAUAGUGGAGAAGUACUGUUAUUUUUGAGGUUUCUAAUGUGAUGUCGUAAAUAAUUACAUUUUUUCCGCUCAGGAUUGCACCCGUGCGAAGCCGGGGCGGGUCGCUAGUAUCAGAUAAUUUCGAAGUUCGAGUGGUAUUCGGGGGAUUAUUUUUUCCAUCCAAAUGUUGGCCGAUAGAAUUGCACCAUGAGACAUAAUUUUCAACGAAUUGUCAUCCAAUCUGUCAGAUACAAUUGAGGGGUACUUUAUCAUUUGUUUUUUUUUAUAUAGGCAACAUGCAAAAUUUCCAGUGAAAUUUCCAAGAAUUUCCGCUGAAAUACCGCGUUGGCUAUACAAAAUAACGUCGAAUGGUGCAAUCCUAUUGGCCAAGAUUUGGAUGGGAAAAAUAAUCGGUAAAAAUUGUAGAACAGUUACGCCCUUUUUCAGGGAACUUUCAGGAAAAAGUUCAGAACGUUUAAGAAGAAGUAUGAGACGUUCAGUGAAAAAAUAUGGAACUGUUUCGUAAGUUUUACUGAUUAUAUUUUUCAUCCCAAUUUCAACCAAUCAAAUGGUGGCAUUUCCCGUCACGUGGUACAAGUAAAACUGUUUUACUUUGGAUAUUUUUCGAAUAUUUCCCUGUUUGUUGCUAAGCAAUGAAAAUAUCCGAUAAUCAAUUUGUACGCGUUUCAAACCCCAAAACUGUCAUUAGAAAAAAUCAAGUUCAAAGACUUUACCUCGACAUGAGCAGAUUUGGAGGAGAAUCCUUGGAGAUUAUUGAUCAAAAAAUUAAAAAUAAUGUUCCUAAUAAUACAGUGAAGACAAAAGCCACAAUUUGGAAACAAUUCUCUGCAUUUUGUGCAUACAGAAAAUAUACGCUGGAAGCCACAACUACCAGUGAAAAACCAUACCAUAUGACGUGAAAUGCCACACAUUUAAUUGCUUGAAAUUGAAAUGAAAAAAUAAUCCAGCCACAUACCCCUCGACCUUCAAAAUUAAUCGGAUAUUUCCCUACAGUUUCCCUGCGUAGCAUCUUGAAUAUUGUUUUGGCUGACAAUUUACGGAGCAGACAAGUAAUUUUUCAAGAAUUUUUCUCUCCAUAUAUGUUAAUCGUCAUGAAUUAAUAUUCUCGUCACAAGUUGGUGAAACAAAAAAUGAAAUAAUGAAAGCAGUUAACGAGAUAAACCGCUUCACAGCUGAAUUUUUAAUUCUAUAAAUGAUGAAGGAUGAAAAUCUUUUUUCUCGAGAAAGAUUUCACACAACCAAAAAAAUAAGAUAAUGAUGUUAGAUAAGAUUGUGAUUCUGUCACAGGGAAGUGAGUAGUAAUUAUUCGGAUAGUCGUGCUCUUGGGAGAAGUCAGAAGGCUCAGAUAAACAGAUAAAUCGUGAUCGAUCUAAGCAAUUGAUAGCCAUUUAGACGGUCGCAGGAGAUGAUAUUUAAAUCUUCUGAAUGCUCUCGUAAUCCGCAAAAAGCCUUCUGAAUACCUUCUUAAUUUAGCAUACGGACUAAAGAUGAUUUAAGCCAUUGCGGGCCGUAGUACACCGGGAAUGUUGGUGUGAUUGGUGCGCUAUUCGAGGAGCCCAGUGGGGCCCGCCUACUGCUACGAUAAAACAGGGAGUGGGGUACCGUGACGUGCCGCAAUGGUUUAAUGAUACUAAUGAUAAUUGUCUUUAAUGACACCGAAAGUGAUGUUAGAUAAUUGUCAUACUACUUUAUAGUGAAGAAUAUCCAAUCCUAAUUUACCUAUUUAUUUAUUUAUUCUUAUGAAUCCCGCGGAGAGAAAUAUUUCGUAAAUUGACCGUAUCGUAAUUUUCAACAGAAACGUCAGAAAAAAUUACCGAACGUUCCGAAAAAAUUUUGUAACUCCUCCGUAAAAUUUUUUUCAACCACAUUUUCCAUCGUAAUUACGAGAACGAUACGUCAUUUUUAUUGAAUAUUUUUCUCUGUGCACUACGAAGUGAUUUCUUAAGUCAGUUUUAAAUGAAUGUCACAGUUAUUUGUAGAGAGAUUCAUGUUAAUAUUCCGUACUGCCAUAAUAUGUUUAAUACUUUGUAUUCGAUUAUCCAAGCAUUAUAGGGGAAGUGCGAAUUCAUUUGUACAGAAGUUUGUUAUACAUUAAUGAGUGUCAUUACUAGGUAGAAAAUAAAAAAUUGAAAAAAAAAAACGCUAUUUAGUCGCGUUGCUGCCAGAAUUGACGUUAGCGCCUGUCACCGCCGGGGUCAGUACUAACAUUCGUCUGCACAUCUACGUUAGUCUGUCCUCUUUGCGAAAACAGUAUACAAGUACUUGGUGA